AUGAGUUCAAGCUCUAAUGCAGAUCAAAGAGGGAGAGGUAAAAAUAAACAUUAUUGGACACCAACACAAGACAGUGUAUUGAUUGAAUGUCUUCUAGAGUUGAGUCAAAAUUCAACAUGGCGAGCUGAUUCUGGAUUUAAGAAUGGAUAUUUGCAACAAAUGGAGAUUAUGUUAGAGGAAAAAUUACCAGGCUCGAAGUUGAAGGCCUCACCUCAUAUUGAAUCUCGUAUUAAAAAUUUGAAGGGGAAUAUUUAUAUAUAUUUAUAUUUACAACAACAUGGACUUAUUAUAUGUGUUUUUGUGAAUGUACAGAAACGAAAAGAUGCAAGUGGAUUAUAUGGGAAACCAUUUCCUUAUUACAACAAGCUAGCAGAAAUAUAUGGACGAGAUCGAGCUACUGGGACAAAUGCUGGUAAUGCUGAUGAUGAUGAAGAAGAAAUACGCCAAAAUGAUGCAACUGGUGUAAAAUUUGGAGUUGAUGAUAAUAUAGAUGACGGUGAGGAUGAUGAAGAAAUAGAUGAAUUUGAUGGUGUCUCACAUACUCAACAAUCAACUAAUAUGCAUCGUAGAUCUACUGAGAGUACUACUAGUAACCAACAACGUGGUAAGAAUAAAAAAACUAAGGUUAUGGAUGAAAUUUCUACAAAUGUUGGUGCCUUAGCAGAUUCUAUAUCUAAUAUUGUCCCGAAAUUUCAAGGAUUAAUUGAUGCAAUAUCUGAUAAGGAUGUAGCUGAGAUGCAAACCAAUUUAUUCACAGAAAUAAGCAAGAUUAAUGGCCUAACUCCAAUGCAGUGUAUUCAAGCAACCAACAUAUUGGCUAAAGAACCUCCAUUGAUGCGAGUGUUUUAUGCAAUAUCAGAUGAGAUGAAACUGCUAUAUAUCCUGAAUAUGUUGCAAAAUGAUGCAUAAUUUUAUAAUUGCUAGAUAUUUGGGAUUUUGUUUAUCUUUAUGUUUCACAUUAGAAUAUUUUCAUGUGGAGAUUUUAUUUAUGGUUUGGUCAGAUAUUGUUUAAUUGAAUAAUAUGAGGAUACUUUUUUUAGCA